GAGGGGAGGGGAACCCACCUGGCUCAGAAGACUUUGACUCUUGUUAGUCAUGGACUCACUAGGCUGCUGAGAAAGAUCCAUCACAUCUGCUAGACCCAGUCAAGGGAAGACAGCCUCCGUGAGAAGUCAAGCAUGAAAAUCGUGAAUUGAAGAGUGUGUGUGUGUGACCAGACCAGGAUCUCCAAAUCUCCAGAAGAUGUGUGACCAACCAAAAUGCAACCCAUGCUGCCCACCAAAAUGUGUUCGAUGCUGCCAGCCAAAAUGCAAUCCAUGCUGCCAACCGAAAUGCCCUCAAUGCUGCGUCCAGCCAAAAUGCCCUCAAUGCUGCCAGGCAAAAUGCACUCAGUGCUGCCAGCCAAGACCCCCGUGUUGUACUCGGCCUAAGUGCUGCUGUACAGACCCCAGGCCCGAGUGCACGUCCUGUGACAAAGAGGCUGAUUCCAACUCAUCCGAAAACCAGGGCAAGGGCUCUCAACAGCAGCCCCAAAGUCCAGGUUCGGGGCAGAAGAAGUCAAACAAGUAGAUUGUCUCUGGAGCCAUGUCCCCCACUUUGUAGGGUGGGGCAUCACUAAGGAUCUAGCUCAGUAUGUUUAGAAAAGCUGCUUUCCCGUUGACUACCAUUUCCACCCAAGUAGAGGCCCUGACUCUUUUCAUAGCCACCAAUUCUAGGUAAACCUCCAUCUGGAAAUGUAAGGUUGAAAAGGCAGGAAUUAUCUUCCCUAGUGAUCCUGACAUUUAGACAGCACAGAAAUAAAGAGCAAUGAAAAAAGAA